ACCGUCGUUUCAUCCAAAAAGCCACUCCUUCGAGUGUGACGACGGACGGGCCCAUUGUCGCGAGGUUUCACGGUGGAGAAGAGAAGAAAGAGCCAACCAUCGUUAAGAUCUUCAAAAUCUGAUUCGUGUGCGCGACGUCUCUGGAGAUUGUAAUUAUUAUUAUAUCAUCAUGGACACUGAUACUACUACUGAGCAAAGCAACAGAGAGGUGCCACCUCGCCUUCAUCUGAGACCAGUAAGGCCAAUGGAAUCUGGCAUAGGCCUUCCCUACGCACCUGAAAACUGGCCUAAGCCUGGAGACACGUGGCGCUGGAAGGUGGGACCGAGAAUCACCGGCAAAGGCACCUUUCUGGACCGCUACUUAUACCCUCCCAAGCAUCUCCCCGACGCUGAAACAUUGCGGAAAGGCACCGCCUUUAGGAGCAGGCUCUCUCUUGAACGCUACAUUCGCUUAGCCUUCCCUAAUGCAGAUGUCCGCAAGUUCUUUGCUUCUUUCAGCUGGGCUGUACCCAGCACAGAUGGCAUAGGUAUGAAGCCGUCUAUAUUGCCAGUGUAUACCUCAGAUGAAGAUCCAAUGCACGAUAACGUCUCUGACAUUAUGGUUUGCAAGGCUGGUAAUGAUAAAUGCGGCAGCCUGAUGAUGCCACCACCGAGUGAAACCGAACCGAUGACUUGUGACAUUUGCUGUAGCGAGCCUAGUUUCUGCACUGACUGCUCUUGCAUCCUCUGCUGCAAAUCAGUAAGCGUUGAGCAUGAAGGUUACAGCUAUACCAAAUGCGAAGCUGUGGUUUCCGAGGGUCGUAUAUGCGGACAUGUUGCUCAUAUCAACUGUGCUCUUCGAGCUUACAUGGCUGGAACCGUUGGAGGUAGUAUUGGGUUGGAUGCUGAGUACUACUGCAGGAGAUGUGACGCCAGAAAGGACUUGGUUCCGCAUGUCAACAGGUUCCUGGAGAUUUGUAAGACUGUAGAGUACCAAGGCGAUGUGGAGAAGAUUCUUAAUCUCGGUAUUUGCGUCCUGCGUGGCUCGCAGAGAGUGGAUGCUAAGGAGCUGCUCAACUGUAUCGAAUCAACGGUCAUCAAGCUUAAGUGUGGCACUAGCUUGGAAGAUCUUUGGAAUGAUGAUACACCAACUAUAUGGUCAGAUUUCUCUGAGAGUGAAGGUAAAGACAAUGAUGAUGCAGUGCAAAGUCUACAAGACGUGACACCGAUAGAGCCAAUGCCAUUCAAUCGCGAGGCAGAGAUGCACAAACUGGAGGAAGAGAUCCGUGAGGUUCUAAAGGCGCUGAGAGAAGCUCAGGAAUCAGAGUAUCAAAUCGCUGAAGUCAGACUCCAUGCUCAGAAAGAAUGUCUCGGUGAUCUGUAUAGGCAACUUGAGGAGGAGAAGUCAGAGCUGUCUAGGCGUGUAUCAGGUUCAGACGCAGAGAGCUUGAUGACGAAUGUGUUGAAGAGAUUGGAUCAGAUAAGGAAAGAAGUGACAAAGCUUAAGGAGAUGGAGGAAGUGGCUAAAGGAUUUGGCAGGACGCCUAGAGGAAUCCUUGAAGAGUACUUUCAUCUAGCAAUCGAGGAGUAGAGAGAGAGAUCAAAUAAGCAUAGGAACAAUUAUAAAUUGUACAUUCGUCGUUGUGACAUUGUCUGCUAAGUUCCUGUUGGAUUCUUCAUUAUGUACCCAAGUUUUGCUUCA